AUGUCAUAUUUUUUACGCGAAAUCAUUUCUCGCGAUGUUUUCGAAAAUUCUCCGAGCAAACGGAGCACCCGACUAAAUACUAAAAUCUCUGAAAAAUAUGCUGAUCUUCUACGCGUCUUUCAUACAGUUUCCACUCAAGCUGAGUGGUUUCGGUUACCAGCCCAUAACGAUUCUGCAUCUUGCACAAACCUAGGCACUCGUUAUCCAUCCGUUUCACGCGAAAUAAUAGAAGCUCAGUCUGUUGUUGGCUUGCCUUCCUCUUUCGCCACUGUCGCCAUAGCUAGAUAUUUACUGGAGAAAUAUGGAAGGCUGCUCAACCAAGAUGAAGAGAUUGAAGAAGGGCCCUAUUUAGUGCCUAAUGUAGAUAAAGAAGUAGCAAAGCUCGAUCCACUAUCUCAUGUCGGAAUCUCUAGUAUUUUUGACAUUUUGCUUCAGCUCAGCAGGCGAGAUCCCGAAUUAUGUGUACAAGCCUUAUCUUCUCUCUUUUCUUUACUUCAAACAAUGGCAGUAGAUAGUUUGAGACAUGAACCUCAAGGGACAGUAACCUCAAUGAUGAGCGUUCUGAAACAAUUGCGAGAAGAAGGUUCUAACCAAGUUUGUUCUCGAGCUUCAGCAAGUUUGACAGCUCUAGCAGUUGCAUCUGGUCAGCCAUCUCAUAUUGUCUCAUCAAUAGAAGCAUUGAUAACGGGAAAGCAGAAAGAGCCACUGAGUUGUGAUUCCAAUUAUGAUAUGAUCCAAAUACCUGAGAACUUACAUAAAUUCGGACUGAAAGUGCAACAGAAAAUUUAUUCGACCCAGGAGACCAAUGCUCACAAUCCAUCAUGGAGUACAAGAUCUUUAGAAGAACACCGGUUACUUUGUGCUUUCGACAUUCCUCAAAUGCCUACAGAUUCACCUACUGAUACUCCUGAUGAUGAUAUGCGUCUCCAUGGUUCUGUAGCUUCAGAUGGAAAAUAUCUGUACGUUCUGAAUUACAUCGGCUUGUAUAAACUGGGAACAGGAAUGAAUGAUACUAUAUUAGGAAAAUUGUAUGCAGCCAAUGGAUCUAUAAGAGCUACUAAAAACUCCAUGCUAACAUUUUGUAAUAGUUCGUUAUAUUUGAGAAGAGGACAGUCCUCUUGUAUUUCUGUGUUAGACACAGACUCUCUUAGAGAUAUCGGUGAAAUAAUGCUACCUACUUCGGUGAUGCAAUCAGCUAUCUUUUCUGAUGGCUCCUAUUUCUACAGUACAACUGUCAAUCAGCAAUCAACCAUUAUUUUGAUACCCUUAAAUGAUAGUUUUGUUCCGUCAUCCGAAAGUAAAGCGAGAAAGAAGUACAGACUGACAGAUGUUUCAUAUCAUUGUCUAGGAGACACUAAGCCAGUUCCACAUGAGCUACCUUUAAACUUACCUAACAUCUUACAUGGUCAAGCCGUUGAUUUGCAUAUCGGCGGUGAUAUCGCAUUUGUUCAGUCAAGAAACGGGAAAAUAUUUUAUGCUGGUAACGGAGCUAGAUUUGGUCUGCAAGAAACUGUAAAUACAUGGAUGGAGCUAAUCCUACCAGACCCGGUCGUGCAAAUGGCCAUAGGAUUCGAAAGGGUUUUAUUUCGUUCCGGUAGUGGACAAAUUUGGGUAGCUGGCAUUGAUGACAAUAGGAAGAUUGGGAAAUUGAAACGAUUACCAACUAUCAAUAGGAGAAAAGCCAUCUCAAUCGCCUGCUCUUCUGAUACCUUCGCAUAUGUAACUGAGAACGGUCGAGUAUUCAUGGGCGGAAAACACACCAUGAAAACUCAUCCAGAAACAGGACAUAUUCUGGGUUUAGAAGGAAUUCAUAUGGUCUCAAUUGCCAUUGGAAAAACGCAUGUUGUUUCUAUUAGUCGACAUGGGUAUAUCUACACAUGGGGAUUGAACAACUUGAAUCAGUGCGGAAGAACCGAAACAAUACCAACUUCAUCACCCAACAAAGGCAGAAAGAAAGAUUCUAAAACAUCUGAAUGCACUCAGCAUUACUUCAUUGUGGACGUUCCAUCAAUCUGUACACAAUGUGGCAAUUGUUCAGCACGAGGCAAUGCCUGUACAACUACAACUGCAAAAGGAGAACCUUGUGUGUGUGGAACUGGCGAAUCAUCUUGUCUACGGUGUGGAAUAUGUCGGGCUUGCACUGAAGCUUCGGGAGAAGUUUCAGCUGGAGAGCAAAAUACUCCCUCAAGAACAUUUCUGGAGCCGUCUCGUUUGUUCUUAACAAAGGCAACACACGACGUUAAGGCAGCCUCUAUGAGCUGUGGUAACUUUCAUACAUUAGUAUUAGCGGCAGAUCGUAGAGUGUUUUCUUUCGGCUCCAAUGUCCAUGGCCAACUUGGGGUUGGUGACACUCGCCCUCGCUCUACUCCGGUGCAGAUAUCACUACCAAAAGAUGUUCAAGUUGUUCAAGUAGCAGCGGGUGCCAACCAUUCUGUUCUCCGUACAAGUUGUGGUUCCGUAUACACUUUUGGAGCAUACAAACAAAAUCAGCUUGGAAGAUUAGCAACUGAUGAUCCUCGUUUUUAUUGCUAUCCUGGUAAAGUUGACGGGUUCGGUCCAGGUCAAGCUGCUUUUGCCUCAUGGGUGGGAGCUACAGGAGAUGCUACAUUGAUUCAUAGUCACAAAUCGCUCAUCACGAAUGAAGACGUGAUUGACGCCCAAAUCGUCAGUACGAAAAACGAUCUCUUUGUGUUUCCUCGACAUAUCGGAAUGGAUUACAUUGCCUUACGGAGGAAACAAGGAACUUUUGCCCACUUCCAACUGGGGCCCGCAGGCUUGUACACAUCCUGGUGUCUUGAACCUCGAUUCGAUGUUUUGUGGUCUUAUAAUGCAGCGGAAAUGCGAAUUCAAGCUCACACAUCCCAUUUCGCACCAACUAACGAACAACAGUCGCUAGAUCCACUGGAAGAUCUCUCAUUUUUACGGUGCCCAGAGUUUGCUCUACCGAACGAUCUCUCAGCUGCUUUUUCUUCCACUCAAUUAGGAAUUAACUUACUUUCGUACUUGUACGCUAUAACAACAAUAUAUAAAAGUGACUUCUGGUCAGAUAAGCAAUUCGCCGCUCCAACAGUCGAAUCUGAGUUAUCUACACCUGAUGGCUACAGUAUAGUCUCCCGGUUUCAAGGAACUGGUGGUGGAUGGGGUUAUUCUGCACACUCCGUUGAAGCGAUUCAGUUUAUGGUUAAUCGUGAUAUCAAACUUCUGGGAAUAGGACUGUAUGGUGGCCGUGGAGAGUAUAUUUCUAAAAUCAAAGUUCUCCGACUGCUGGGCAUGGAUGCGGAUGAGCUAUACGUCGAGCAUCUAACAGAAUCUGAUGAAACAAUUUAUGAAUGUUCUCCCAGGGAAACAGCUUCUUUGAUGCUGUCUCAGCCAGUUCUCAUUAAAGCUGAUCAAUGGCAUGUCAUAAGUGCUAAGAUUAGUGGGCCAUCAUCGGAUUGUGGUGCAGCUGGCAAAGCCCUUGUUUCAUGCGAGGACGUCGUAUUUCAAUUCCGAAACUCGAUGGUAUCAAAUAAUGGAACUGAUAUAAAUGUUGGUCAAAUACCCGAGCUAUAUUACCAAAUUGACACUCAAGCUAAUUCAGGGAAAAACGCGGAGCAGACCAGUUCAGAUGACUUGUCUUUGUCCAAGAUUUUCACUUCUCAAUCUCUCGAAAGUGUUAACCCAACACUUUUCACUAAUUUGAACUCAGUUCUACACUGGGGUCUCAAAAACACGUUGAACCAUGCUGGCGAUAGUGAUGAGAAAGUUUGGGAAGCAGAACGUUCAGCUGUUGUGACAUUGAUGGUGCUCCGGUUGCUGGGGUAUUUCUGGCAGUUCGUUUAUGUACCAAGUGGAAAGAUUGAACCUUCAUGGGACUAUGCCUCCGCUAUGGUUGAUUUACACGAUGCCCUGUUGUGCUUAUUUCAAACCGCUAAUGGUGUUGUAAUGGUUGAGACCUAUUACCAUCGUUUGAUUUUGACUGAAGCAAUCCGCUUAUUCCACUCUCUCUCUCAUGUUUUCAUGUCUACUAGAAAUUUGGUAGCCUGCCACUUAGCUGACAUAAUGUCUGGACAAGUAGGGGAAGUGUACAUUGGUGCCGUUCUAGGUAGCAUUGAGAAAAAGAAAAACAUAGUCAACCUGCUACUGAGACAGAAGCAAGACGAGUCUUUUCUUAAACUCGGAGCUCAUCUUGAAAGCAAGUUCAACAUGAACAUUUCGGAAGUGAACACUUUAACAUCCUUUUCCAAUAUACUGCGGUAUCUGUACGAUAGAUCUUUUUAUAAUUCAUCGAAUACUUACGGAAAUGGAAAAUAUGAUGUUUCUGUUAUGGCGCAAAACAUUAUUGUCAGUUUAUCUGAGCAGCUCGUUGUCCCCACGACCCAUGUUACUCUGGGACCUACUGUUUAUAGUACACCAUCAAGGUUCCGAAGAAGGUCUUCCGUAGCAGGAUGGAAUAUGUGCAAUAGUGCACCAGAUGCUAUCUUAUUCCGCUUAGAAGGCACCCAGGAUAUCAUGAUACAUGGGGUCGCUGUUUAUGUUUCACCUGAAACAGAAGCAGGCAAAAUAAUGUGGAACUGUGAAAUUUAUAAGAUGCAGGGAACAGAAUCAGAAAACCUCAUGACAGUUUCCAAUAUCACGUCGGAAUGUUCGACGCAACAGUUUAUUGGAAUCUUGCGUCUUCCGUUUCCAAUCCGUAUAAAUCCGGAGGAUACAUGUGGUGUGAAAGUGUGGACAUCGGAAAACUCUAUCAGAACAUAUUGCGGCGAAGGAGGGCUCUCUCAAAUUCGUUUGGAAAACGGGGGAAGAAUCCAUUUCAACACGAGUUCUUUGUCAGAAAACGGAACCACUUUUCAACGAGGUCAAAUACCUUUUUUGCUUUAUUCACUUCAUGAAAACGAAACUGUGGAUAAAGGGGUUGAUAGAGAGGAAACCCAUAAAGCCUUCUUCCUUUUACUUCGUUUGCUCUCUAAUUCUAUUGGUGCAAGCUUAUCAAAUGGUGCAAUAACUCUGUCCAGCAGAUCGCUUAUGUCUCGGAUAUCGGGCCAUGUAAUGGUUUUUAUGGAAAGACAUCCGGAGAAAGCUAUUGAGAUAAUGUCAAUUCUUGAGCAACUGAUGCCAAUGGUGUCAAGUCUGAAUGGUGCAAUGAAAGCCAGUACCAUAAGUGAAUCAUUUGAUGGUGACUCUGAAGUUUGUGAAGCUAAGACAAGUCAAAUUAUUGUUGAAAGUCCACACCCGUAUAAACCUAACUCGAUUCAUUCAGUUGUUGUUGGAUUUGAUAGUAGUGUUGACUUCAUGUGUGUUCAAUUCUCAUCCACAUGUCAAACCGCUCAAAUGGACGACGCUCUGUGGAUGUAUGUAGGCGUGAAGAAAGAUUGCUACAUACCAGUUGGAAAAUUUUUCGGUUCACGUGAUUGGCCAAAAACACCACUAAUGCUUCCGGGAAACUCAAUUUGGUUUGUUUUAGAGACACAAUCACAAGUUGAAGGACUCCCAGUUGAUCAGAUGUAUGGUUUCCAUUGCACUAUAACAGGAUAUCCUACUCCUUCUCGAGAAAGUGGGUUGCUGGUCGAGCAAGAACUUGCAUGGCUUUCUGCCAGCGCUUGUCGGAUCUUAGUUCAGUUACCGAACGAUCCGGUUUCUGUAGAAAAUUUAUUGAUCACUGAAGAUGAUACUCGGUUGUUAUUGGAAAAACAUGGGAGUUUGUUGAAAAGAGGACUGAGCUUAACACAUCAACCAACAUUAAACGAAGUCAUGACUAAAGGAAUCCCACCACCAGCUCAAACACCCGAUAUACUGUUUCUCCGGGAGUUUGUUGCUGCUAAUCCAACAACGACAUCCGGUCUCCUGGCACAUUGGCUACCUGCCGGACCAGUAGUUGAUCCUACUAAAUGUCAACUCUCCAUAACUCAAACUGAGAUGAACGUAGGAAAAACUGUUCCGAUUCGAGUGUCCAUUAAAGAUCAGUAUGAUCGACCAGUUUUGUGUCCUCAACUUGAAAUUGAAGUAACCAUGCACACGGGGUCCAAGUCAAUGAAUACGAAAUCGUUCUGCGCACAAAACAACAACAAUAACAAUAACAACAAUAAUAAUAAUGGUGGAGAGACCAUUAGUGCUGUGAAUGAUCUAACGUUGGACGUGAUAAUGAAAAACCCUUUCCAACCAUUUUUGACAAAUCGAUCUCGUUAUAUGUCCAUUUGUGCAAUGCCCGUUUUUUCAAACUAUUCGAAUGAGGAAAUACGACUUGCUCUCGAAAAGGAAGUUUCUGUCAGAGAGGCUAUAAAGCUACGACACUUCAAGAACUCUACUUAUAUGGGUGAAUGGGUACCUACUGUAGCUGGCACAUACAGAGUCGAAUGUAAAAUAGAUGGUUUCGAACUAUCUCACACAUACACUCUUCAUGUUUCACAACGUGAUAAUAAUGAGCAAGAGCCACGAGUACGUAAAGAGCAUAGAGCAGCUCAGCUCAGCAGGGCUCAAGUUGUCACAGUUCCUGCUUUAUCUGACUUCAGGAGCUUAAGAAUGAGAUCAUUACCUUCUCUCAAUGCACCCUGUCUAGGAACAGUUCCUCGUGGAGGAACAUUGUCUUAUAUCGAGGUUGUGGAAAACGAUGAUGGAAAAUGGUUACGGCUUACUGAUGAUACUUCGGCACUUUAUGGAAAUUUGACAGAUGAUCAAGUGUGGUGCUUGGCGUAUAGUAACCCUUUACGUAGAGAAUUGAUACCAACUGGUACCGAAACUGGAAAAGACAUAGAUAGAGCUCCUAUUCGGAGACAGACGGACUACCCGAUUUCAGCUAAUGUUAGCUCACAGAGGAGUGUUGUCAUAGACGCUAAUGAAAUAUACAUUCUUGAAGCUGGUGAAUCCAUCCCUCUUUAUACGAGGCCAUCUCCAGAAGGUCUGUUAGAAGGGGAUCGAUUGGAAGGCCGCAGAGAGAUAUCUAGUGAUGGGUGGGUAAGCAAUAGCUUCGGAGUUUGGAUCAAACUCAGUGGAACUCAGCGGUUCGCUUUGAUCGAGAGUGUUGUUGGUAAAAGUUCUAUUCAUUCUCAAUCGUUUUCUACUAACGGGAAUGAAGAAGAAGAAGUCUCUCCUUUGAAAAGAACAUCUGUUGGAGUUGUAGCCCUCUCUGCUUUAAGGCCAUUGGUAGCUGAUUGUACCCGAGCCGUGUUCGCUGCAUUCUUAUGGCAUGAACAUCUAGUGAAAGAUGCUAUGGCAGCCGCGACAUAUCUGAAGUUCCAUCAGCAUCUUCAUAAUAUGUGGUCUUCUUCCGAGCAACAAUCAUUAACAGUUCCUCCUGCUCUACAGCCCAUUGUGCGGUUAUGGAACGAAGUGUGCCAGGCUGUUCAAGCAAGUAUCGACCAACAUCUGAUUAUGCCUCCAUCCUCAGCAACUAUUUGUAAAAACGGUAAUAGAGUCAGAACGAGUUCUGCUGGUAACUGCGAGCUUUGUGAAGAAUCCUUCAAAGGACCUAGUGCAGUUCACAUGAGAAUGGCUCAUCCUGGAUGUGGAAGUGAUUCUCAAGGAUAUGGCUAUAACUCUAAAGGGAAGUUAACAACAGGAUGGACAGGAGAAUGCGGUUCUGGUGGAAGAACGGGCUCAGCUUGGUACCUUAUGUGUCCUACUUGUCGAGCCAAAUAUUUGAAACAGACACCUUCAGGAUUUAGACAGGAGCGAACUAAACGUUGGAGAGAGUUCCGUUUAUCGGCAACUUCUUUCGAGUCACGUCCUGAAGUUAUAAUAAAACAAAAUGCACUGUUCUUGCUGGAUUUAAAUUCAUCAAUCGAUUGUGAUUCGAAGAGCUCCUCGACAUCCUCUGGGUGGACUGUUAAUUUGUUCCCUACGCAAACUCCAAGCCCUAUUACUAGAAGUGCUGUUCGAAGCAAGAUCGAUAGUUCGCAGUUAGCGAAAUCUUCGUUUAUGGUACACUCUUCAAUGAGGGCUGGACAUUCCUCAGACCCGGGACCGAAAGUGCCUUUGAUGUCUCCUCCAAGUCAACAGGGACCGACUUCAUCAUUAGGCCAAUAUAGAGCUCAACAGGCAAUCAAUGAAAACAAUGAAGUUUUGCAAUCUCCAUCUGCAGCUUUGCGAACAUUACUGUCGGGCAGCGUUCCUAGCACAUCAGCCAUUUUAAAACGCCCAGUAAUGGCAUUUGUACUAGAGCAUCAUGAUUUGAAAAAGAUUCGUGAUGCAUGUGAGCUAUCUAUAAGGAGGGCGGUUAGCUUCUCUCAUGCGUUCCGAGUUUGGAAUUGGCUUUUGCGUCUUGUUUCAUCCGAGACAAGUGUUUCUGAUAUAAUAUUCCAGUAUUUAACCGCGUUAUCAUCGUAUAAUCGGUUGACACUCGGUUCACAAUCAUCCGAACACCAAGUACUUCCUCAUCCUUGGCGCCUUUGCUAUCUGGCUGGACCAUUAGCUGUCAAAGUAGUACAUCACCUACAUUCUUUCCUGUAUACAAUCGCUGUUAUAUUGCAAUCCUCUGGAGUCGAUGCGAAGUUGCGGUCACUGUGUUUCAAAGCAUGGACUAUUCAACUCACUGUUCAUGAACAAGAGCUACUCAUUUUGACUUGUAAUAUUCUGGCUACUGUGGGAGGCGUCCUUUCGGAUGGAUCAACAUCUGAGAAUUGGAUUUCCGACUCUUCUCCCGCUUUCCAACAAGACAAUGUUGAUGUGAAGGAGAUGAAAGAUCUGACUUCAUUAGUUCAAAUAGAAGCUAGUAGUAGACAAGCCAUGGUUGUUUGUUUACAGGAUGGUAGUCCUGAAACAUUUUGGGAGAGUGGAGAAGAAGAUAAAACAAGACGAAGAUGGUUGUCUGUGAAAUGCGAUGUCGAAAAUAUAACACCAGUUCUACUGUGCAUCUUCAUUGAUAAUGCAAAGGAUGAAGCUUAUAGAACAGAAGAAGUCACUUUCCGAGGAACAUUAACCUCUGAUGGCAGCCGCAAAGAGAUUCUGCAUAAAACACUUGAAUUGAACUUUUCAAAUUGGAUCAUUUGUUGUAUAGCGGGCACUGCUCAUGUGCAGAUAAGUUUAAAAGGUUCGAGUAACGCUCUAAGAAUCAGACAGCUAGCAUUGUUGGGCUUCUCGGCACGUAGUGAUUACGAUGUUAUUCGACCAUCGACAUCUCAUCAGUUAUUCUUUAGCAAUACACAGCUGGAUGCUUUCACAUUAUUCCAAGCAAUUUCGGCUCAGGCGUUUGGCUCUGAACUGUCUGAAGAUCAACAAGGAACUCUACGAGAAAGAGUUGUGGACUUGCUAUGCAGUCGUGUUCAACUACAACCUCUCCAAAACUAUGUUGGAACUCAAGUAGUGAACGCUUUAGAAAGAGAAGUGGAUCUUCUAUGCUCUCAAACGAAGCGAAACUAUUCUUAUGCGUGUGGACUACUUGAUAUGCUGGAAAGGAUAUGUGCAAGUAGAAAAGGAGGUGAACUGUUUGCUGCUCGGAAUACGAUCCUUAUUGCGAUCAGCCAACUCAUAAUAUUCGCUCCUCAAGUUGUCCAAUGUCAGGGAAUUCAUGUUCUGGAGAAGCUACUAUCGUUUUUCUCCCCUGAAACAGUCGAUAUAGCAAAGUUUUUGAAGAACAUACUGAUUGUUGUUGCCAAGGUCAUCACGUUGCAAGUGAGAGACAAAGCUUCGCAUUCUGUGAGUACAGCAAUUAUGAAUGAUUCUCUAAUCAACCCACCAUCUUCAUGGAGAGUGGAUCGAGCCAUUUCACCUGAAAUUGGAAAAUUGAUUACUCAGUUAAUGAGCAAACUAACAUCCGGAACGUUCUCUCCGGAGUGGACUCAAUGUGUGCGACAUGAGCUAGCUUCAGCUCUUCUGAACGUAGUUCAGCUGACCUCCUCUAUAUGUAGCACAGCUUCGAGAGAAAGUUUAAACAGAGAAGGUUCAACUUCUUUCUUAGGAUCCAAAAGGUUUUGGCUAUCUGUUGCUGCUCUAGCAUUGGUCAAGGAUAGGAGCUGGCUAACAACAGCUGAAAACUGGGGACCCAUCGAAGCCCAAAAAGAAGAAAAGCCUGAAACUCUAUGUGAAAAUCAUGAUGAUGGUCAAACUCUGGCUCAAGUAUACUGCACAGUAUGUGAGAUAGCUCUCUGCCGUGACUGCUUUACUGUCAUGCAUCUGCACAAAAAGAAUAGAAGUCAUCAAGUUGAAGCUCUAACUCAACCAUCACAUGGUGCCGAUGUUGAUAUACAUCAAGGAUGUGCUCGUAUGCGACUUCAGCAUCUUUUGGUUCUUUUCCAUGGAGACUCUCUCAAUGGAUUAGUUGAGAUUUCCCUCGAGUUGUUCCCACAUAGCUCGGCUUUCCCGAUCGUGUAUCGUUCGACAGCCACUUUGAAUCAAUGUAAUAACUGCCGUUUCUGCGGAAAUCCUUUAGAUGGGCAAAAACAGAUGUUUGUUGGGGUUUGCGAUCAUGCAGAUUGCCUAGCUCUCGCUCCACUUGCAUGCGAAGCCAUUCUACCUUGUGGACAUUUCUGCUCCGGAAUUAAUGGAGAAACGACUUGUUUACCGUGCUUAACGUGUAACAAUGAUGCUAAUCAACAAGAUGGAGAUGACGUAUGCGUUGUUUGUUUCACUGAUAGACUGGCUGCCGCUCCAACCGUUAAGUUAGAAUGUGGGCAUUUGUUUCACUUCCACUGCCUGAAGACGAUUCUUGAAAAACGUUGGAAUGGACCGCGAAUCCAUUUCCGUUUCAUUAACUGUCCGUUAUGCAAUCAGCAGAUUUCACAUCCGGGGCUAAGCGAUGUACUUGAGCCGAUUCUGAAAUUAAAAGAAGAUGUCAUGCAUAAAGCAAAAAUGCGUCUUGGUUAUGACGGGUUAAUGGAAUGCGCUGCCAUAAGAGAUGAGAAAAGUGAAUUCUUCAAUAAACCCGAGGAAUACGCUAUGGAAAGAUAUAUGUAUGUACUUUGUAGCAAGUGCAAUAAAGCUUACUUCGGAGGAGAAAGUCGCUGUCAAUUGGCCUUGAACUCGUCCCAAUAUAAUCCCGAAGACUUGAUGUGCGGGGGUUGCUCCGACACAACUGGAACACAGGUUUGCGGACGUCAUGGCGUUGAAUACCUAGAAUACAAAUGCCGGUAUUGCUGCAGCAUAGCUGUUUAUUUCUGUUUUGGAACAACACACUUUUGUGCUGCUUGUCAUGAUGAUUUCCAGCGUUUGGUAUGUCUUCCUAAAUCGCAGCUUCCUCGUUGUCCUGCUGGCCCUAGAGGAAUUGAGUUGGACGAAGGUCCAUGUCCAUUGAAAAUGGAACAUCCUCCAACAGGUGAUGAGUUCGCUAUGGGUUGUGGAAUAUGCAGGAACAUUAAUACUUUCUAA